AUGAGCGUGCACCAGACCAGGGCGCACUUCUUAUCAAAGGAGGGCCGCAUCGUGGACAACCCCAACGUGGGCUCCGCGCUGACGUCAUCGUACUGGCGCCCCGGCAACAGCGCCAUGUUCCUAGACCUGGUGGAGGGCCUCACGGGCGGCCCCCUGGCCGCAGACGCGUGGGUGGGGCGGCUGAGGGCGCCGCUGGACGAGCUGCUGGCUGCGGAGAGGCGGGAGUACGACGCGGCUGUCAAGGAGGGGCCAAAGAUCCCCCCUGGUGGCGACUUCGACAUUGGCAUGGUGGUCCGGCUGGUGCAUGGGGAUGAGGUCAUCGCUGACAGCCGCACAGAUGGGGGCUUUGGGGGCGCGUGCGCCAAGUUCAAGGGGUGGGUGCGCGCUCACUACUUCAGCAAGUGA